AUGUCUGUCUCAGCCGACGAGGUCGAGACCAGCGGGGUCAUCAAUGGCGAAAUCAAUGGAGUCAAUGGCCAUUCUAACGGUAUCAAUGGAAACGCCAGCCACCCAGGUUACACUGGUAUCGACACCAGACCUACCCCCGCUCCUCAAGCCAGAAACCCUUACAUGCCUGUGGGAGACUUCCUAAGCAACAUCGGUCGAUUUAAGAUCAUUGAAAGCACGUUACGAGAAGGCGAACAAUUUGCAAACGCCUACUUUGACACCGCAAAGAAGAUUGAAAUCGCCAAGGCUCUUGAUGAGUUCGGCGCGGACUAUAUUGAACUCACCAGUCCCGCCGCCUCUGAACAAUCUCGCAAGGAUUGUGAAGCUAUUUGCAAGCUAGGCUUGAAGUCCAAGAUCCUCACCCACAUCAGAUGUCACAUGGAGGAUGCGAGAAUAGCCAUUGAAACCGGUGUCGACGGGGUGGAUGUUGUGAUUGGUACAUCUUCUUUCCUAAGGGAACAUUCCCACGGAAAGGACAUGACCUAUAUCAAGAACACCGCCAUCGAGGUUAUCCAAUAUGUCAAAUCCAAGGGGAUCGAGAUCCGAUUCUCCAGCGAAGACUCCUUCCGAUCAGAUUUGGUCGACCUUCUGUCCCUCUACCAAGCCGUUGAUAAAGUUGGUGUGAACCGAGUCGGUAUUGCCGAUACCGUUGGGUGUGCUUCUCCCAGACAAGUCUAUGACCUGGUCCGAACUCUCCGUGGUGUGGUUAGCUGCGAUAUUGAAAUUCAUCUCCACAACGAUACUGGAUGUGCGAUUGCAAAUGCCUACUGCGCUCUCGAGGCCGGUGCUACCCAUGUCGACACCUCCGUUCUCGGAAUUGGCGAGCGAAAUGGGAUUACAACCCUGGGGGGCCUUAUGGCUCGAAUGAUCACUGCCGACCGAGAUUAUGUGAAGAGCAAGUAUAAGCUUGAAAAGAUCAAGGACAUUGAAGAAUUGGUUGCUGAAGCCGUUGCCGUCAACAUCCCCUUCAACAACCCCAUCACCGGUUUCUGCGCUUUUACCCACAAAGCCGGGAUCCAUGCCAAGGCAAUUCUGGCAAACCCAAGCACAUACGAAAUCAUCGACCCUGCAGAUUUCGGUAUGGGCAGGUAUAUUCAUUUUGCUUCUCGGUUGACUGGCUGGAAUGCCAUCAAGUCACGAGCACAGCAACUCAAGAUUCAAAUGACCGAUGCGCAAUACAAAGAAGUCACGGCAGCUAUCAAGAGACUGGCCGAUAUCCGACCCAUUGCCAUUGAUGAUGCUGAUUCCAUCAUUCAUGCUUAUCAUCGUAACGUUAUGCUCGGAAAGACGAACCCCGGGAAUGAGGUUGAAUUGCCCAAUAUGACCGAGAAGGAGAAAAAGCUGCUUGCUGAAAGGCAACAAGAAGAAAGCUCCGUCCCCGAAAAGAGACGACUUGGAGAGACCGUUGAUGAGAAAAUCUCGACAGAGCAAGUCGUCAAGAAGCUUAGAACAAACGGUAUCGCAGCAUGA